GCGGCCGCGCUGAUGGCGGCGCCGGGCUCCGGUCCCGGGCCGGGGGCGCCCCCAGGGCUGGAGGCGACCCUGCAGAAGCUCGCGCUGCGGCGGAAGAAAGUGUUGAGCGCCGAGGAGAUGGAGCUGUACGAGCUGGCGCAGGCGGCAGGCGGCGCCAUCGACCCCGACGUGUUCAAGAUCCUGGUGGACCUGCUGAAGCUGAACGUGGCGCCCCUCGCCGUCUUCCAGAUGCUCAAGUCCAUGUGUGCCGGGCAGAGGCUGGCGAGCGAGCCCCAGGACCCUGCGGCCGUGUCCCUGCCCACAUCGAGCGUACCUGAAACGAGAGAGGCCUCCUUCCUCUCUUCCAAGAACUGUAGCCCCCCUGCAAGGCCCUCCUUUUCCUGGGCCCCUCGGCCUGCGGCCUCUCCAGUUCUGCUCCAUGGCCCAGCUGCCACGCACUCGCCUCUCUCUCCUGGGCCUCCCGGUGCCCUCCGGUUCUCUUGCUGCCCGUUCUCUCCUUUUACAGGGAGAAACAAAGGCAGCAGUGCUCGAGGUGGAGGCAUGGCACUGGCAGAACGUGGCGGCCGGGAAGGAUCCAGCCAGAGGAUGCCCCGCCAGCCCAGUGCCACCAGGCUGCCCAAGGGGGGUGGACCGGGGAAGAGCCCCACGCGGAGCAGCACCUGAGACGGGUGGAGACUUCUCACACCACCCAGCUGUGGGCUCCCCAUCCCCCCAGCAGAAGCUGUGUGUGGCUUCCUCCAG